AGUAUGUUGACAGGUCUCAUGUACCACCGGCCUGACGAGCCCCUGGAGUAUCUGGAGAGCUGUCUGCAGAAGGUACGAGAGAUUGGGGGCCUGGAGAAAGUACGGUGGGACACCUUCAUCGUUCAGGAGAAACGGGCACUACCACCUGUCAGUGGGAGCGAGGGCAAGAGAUCCAUUUAUCGGAGUGCUUUCUCUGAGAGUCACAGCCUUAGUCACUGUCGAUAUGAUCGCCUCCCUCCCAUUCACCAGUUCUCCAUUGAGAGUGACACGGACCUGUCCGAGACAGAUGAGCUCAUCGAGGAAUACAUGGUGUUUGACCCAUCCAAACCCCGGCCAAGAAUCAUCCUGGUUAUCGGCGGCCCAGCCAGUGGUAAAGGUACCCAGAGUGUGAAGUUGGCAGAGUGUUAUGGCUUUGUCUCAGUCUCUGUGGGCGAGCUGCUGCGGGAGAAGAUGCUUCACAAUGCCAGCACCAACCGCAAAUGGGGCCUGAUCGCCAAGAUCAUCACCAACGGAGAGCUGGCUCCUCAGGAGACCACAAUAACGGAGAUUAAGCAGCAGCUGAUGCAGCAGCCCGGAGCUCCGGGAUUUGUAAUUGAUGGAUUCCCCCGGGAAGUGUCCCAGGCAAUCAGCUUCGAUGAUCAGGUGAUCACAUGAUCCAGUCGGUCAACU